AUGAAUCGCGAUUCGGAUGAACCAAAACCCGAUGAGAUAACCACUCUAUUGGCGGUCGGAAUAUUCAUAAUAAAAGCGCCGUCAGAUGUGGUACAGGUGCCUAACCUUCAAUAUCCAGCUAUUAAUCUGUUAAAACAAUCGCUUCAAAGUGAUAAAAAAGUGGUCCGUUUUGAGGUUCAGUUAAAGUGUAUUCAGACUAUACGAGCGAUAUUUGAACACUCGAACAGCAAAGUGUCCGUCCCUUAUAUCCAUAUCCUGGCGCCGCGAAUGAUAGAA